GUGUGUGAGCGCGUCCUGUCGCACACGCCGCGGAUCUGCGGCCAGGCACCCGGAUGUGGCGAAAAUGUUCGGCGCUCCUGUCAGGUUCUGCGCUCAGAAAACAUGUCAUCGUUCAGGCUAGCGCCUCCGCUCACUUUUGCGUCGUCGGGUGUUUUCUUCCAACGAUGAGUUGGAUUUAAAACGGAUCUUUUCGAUGUGGAUUCGAGGAUGCAAGAAGCAGAACAGUCUGAAGGGGCACAACAUGCCAACAACAAUCGGACCACUGCCUCCACGGACUCCUCAGCUCUCUGGUCAGAAAGCCACACCCAUCUGCAGCAGCUUCCGUCUCCAGAGCCCCUUCAACCCCCGGUGAGCACUGGCAAGCCCGUCGGGUCCGCUCAUGGCCUCCUUGGGGCCAACAGUAGUUGUCAAGGCCCAGGAGGUGCUGGUUCCGCUGUUAGCCCGGUUCUUGCGUGGCAUGCUGCCAUUACUGCUGCUCGACAAGCACAGGAAGAUGUGGAGAAGCCCGAGAUAAGUUCACGGCCCUCGGUUUGCCCCAGUGGACCUCCUCCUGCGGGAUCACUGGCACAAAGGAAAAGGCAGCAGUAUGCCAAAAGCAAAAAACAAGGAGGAUCAACCAACAGCAGGCCACCAAGAGCCCUGUUCUGCCUCACACUCAACAACCCAAUUCGCAGGGCCUGCAUCAGCCUGGUGGAGUGGAAACCGUUUGAUAUCUUUAUACUGCUGUCUAUUUUUGCCAACUGUGUGGCCUUAGCCAUCUACAUCCCCUUCCCUGGAGAUGACUCCAACUCCACCAACCAGGAACUGGAAAAAGUGGAAUAUGCCUUCCUGAUCAUUUUCACAAUAGAAACAUUUAUGAAGAUCAUUGCCUAUGGCUUGGUGAUGCACCAAAACUCCUACGUCAGAAACGGCUGGAACAUGUUGGAUUUUGUCAUCGUCAUUGUGGGGUUGUUCAGUGUGGUCCUAGAGAUGAUAACCAAAGACGCUGACCAUGGUGGCCAGUCUGGAGGCAAACCAGGGGGAUUCGAUGUGAAAGCACUUCGGGCCUUCCGUGUGCUACGACCCCUUCGUCUUGUUUCUGGUGUUCCCAGUUUACAGGUGGUUUUAAAUUCCAUUAUUAAAGCCAUGGUUCCACUGCUUCACAUAGCUCUGCUGGUCCUGUUUGUCAUCAUUAUUUACGCCAUCAUCGGCCUCGAGCUCUUUAUUGGAAAAAUGCACGCCACAUGCUACGUGAUACAAACAGGUGCACUUGCUGAGGAAGAGCCGGCCCCGUGUGCCGUGUCGGGGCACGGACGCCAUUGUCUGUUCAACGGUACAAUUUGUCGAGAGGGCUGGCAGGGUCCCAACAACGGCAUCACAAACUUUGACAAUUUUUUGUUUGCCAUGCUCACUGUGUUCCAGUGCAUCACAAUGGAAGGCUGGACCGAUGUUCUGUACUGGAUGAAUGAUGCAAUGGGCUUUGAGCUGCCGUGGGUUUACUUUGUCAGUUUGGUCAUCUUUGGAUCCUUCUUUGUUCUUAACUUGGUUUUGGGUGUGUUAAGUGGUGAGUUCUCCAAAGAGCGAGAAAAGGCCAAGGCUCGAGGUGAUUUCCAGAAGCUUCGGGAGAAGCAGCAGUUGGAGGAAGACCUUAAGGGCUACUUGGACUGGAUCACGCAGGCUGAGGACAUCGACCCCGAGAACGAUGAGGAAGGAGACGAGGAAGGCAAGCGUAAUCGGGUCACGCUGGCUGACCUCACAGAGAAGAAGAAGGGAAAGUUUGGCUGGUUCACUCAGUCCACAGAGACACAGGCGAGCGUGCCAACGAGUGAGACGGAAUCUGUGAACACCGAUAACCACAAUGCAGAGGAGGACAAAUCGCUGUGCUGUGGACCACUGUGUCAGAAAAUUACUAAGUCAAAGUGCAGUCGUCAGUGGCGACGCUGGAACCGUCUGUGUCGCAGGAAGUGCCGUGCAGCUGUCAAAUCUGUGACGUUUUACUGGCUCGUCAUCAUCUUGGUCUUCCUCAACACUCUCACCAUCGCCUCUGAGCACUACAACCAACCGGACUGGCUGACGGAAGUCCAAGAUGUUGCCAACAAAGUUCUCCUGGCUUUGUUCACCUUGGAGAUGCUGGUGAAGAUGUACAGUUUGGGACUGCAGGCCUACUUUGUGUCCCUUUUUAACCGCUUUGACUGCUUUGUGGUGUGUGGAGGCAUCGUGGAAACCAUCCUGGUGGAGCUGGCCAUCAUGUCUCCUCUGGGGAUCUCGGUUUUCCGCUGCGUGCGUCUCCUCAGAAUCUUCAAAGUUACACGGCACUGGGCGUCUCUCAGUAACCUGGUUGCUUCACUGCUCAACUCCAUGAAGUCCAUCGCCUCUUUGUUGCUGCUGCUCUUCCUCUUCAUUAUUAUUUUUUCCUUGCUCGGCAUGCAACUCUUUGGAGGCAAGUUCAACUUUGAUGAGACGGUGACCAAACGGAGCACAUUUGAUAAUUUCCCACAAGCCCUGCUCACCGUGUUCCAGAUUUUGACUGGAGAAGACUGGAACACAGUGAUGUAUGAUGGCAUCAUGGCAUACGGGGGACCAGCCUCCUCUGGAAUGGUGGUCUGCAUUUACUUCAUCAUUCUCUUCAUCUGUGGAAACUACAUCUUGCUAAAUGUCUUUUUGGCUAUCGCUGUUGAUAACCUGGCCGACGCAGAGAGCCUCAACACGGCACAAAGGGAGGAAGAAGAGGCCAAGAAGAGGAGGAAUAGUACCAAGGAAGAAAGUUCAGACAGGAAAAGGGUUGAGAUAACUGAAGCAGCUCAUGAGUCAAAGCUUCCAACAGAGACCUUGCUAGAGGCAGACAAAGAGCCGUAUGCUGCUGCUGAAUCUCCAGGAGAUGAUGUCGAUGAUGAGGACAAUAACGACAUUCUCCCAGAGGUCCCAACAGGACCCCGCCCUCAACGGCUCUCUGAACUCACCAUCAAAGAGAAGACUCCGCCCAUCCCUCAAGGCAGCGCCUUCUUCAUCUUCAGCAGCACCAACCCCUUUCGAGUACUCUGCCACAAACUGAUCAACCAUCAGAUCUUCACCAACCUCAUCCUGGUCUUCAUCAUGCUCAGCUCAGUUUCUCUGGCUGCUGAAGAUCCCAUCCGCAACUUCUCUGCUCGCAACAUUAUACUUGGUUAUUUUGACUAUGCUUUCACCGCAAUCUUUACAGUUGAGAUCCUGUUGAAGAUCCUAGGCUAUGCAGACUAUGUCUUCACUAGUAUGUUUACAUUUGAGAUCCUUAUUAAGAUGACAGCGUUCGGAGCCUUUCUUCAUAAGGGGGCCUUCUGCAGGAACUACUUCAACCUACUUGACUUGCUUGUUGUCGGUGUGUCUCUGGUGUCUUUUGGUAUCCAAUCCUCAGCAAUCUCAGUGGUGAAGAUUCUCCGUGUUUUGCGUGUUCUCCGUCCACUCAGGGCCAUCAACAGAGCCAAGGGACUUAAGCAUGUGGUGCAGUGUGUGUUUGUUGCCAUCAGGACCAUCGGUAACAUCAUGAUUGUCACCACGCUGCUGCAGUUCAUGUUUGCUUGUAUUGGAGUGCAGCUCUUCAAGGGAAAAUUCUAUCGAUGCACAGAUGAUGCAAAGUCCAGCCCUGAGGAAUGCAAAGGAACGUACAUUCUUUACAGCAAUGGGGACACAGCACUACCCAUGAUUAAGGAGAGGAUUUGGUACAACAGUGACUUCAAUUUUGACAAUGUUCUCAUGGCCAUGAUGGCUCUUUUCACUGUCUCCACUUUUGAAGGAUGGCCCACACUUUUGUACAAGGCCAUUGACUCUAACAGGGAAAACAUGGGUCCCAUCUAUAACUACCGCAUCGAGAUCUCCAUCUUCUUCAUCAUCUAUAUCAUCAUCAUCGCCUUCUUCAUGAUGAACAUCUUUGUCGGUUUCGUCAUCGUCACCUUUCAGGAGCAGGGGGAGAAGGAAUACAAGAACUGUGAGCUGGACAAGAACCAGCGUCAGUGUGUGGAGUACGCGCUGAAAGCUCGGCCUCUGCGUCGCUACAUUCCCAAAAACCCCUACCAGUACAAGUUCUGGUAUGUGGUCAACUCCACUGGCUUUGAAUACGUCAUGUUUGUCCUGAUCAUCCUUAACACCUUGUGUCUGGCCAUCCAGCACUAUGGCCAGUCUCAUCUGUUUAACUACGCCAUGGAUAUCCUCAAUAUGGUCUUCACGGGGGUUUUCACAGUAGAGAUGAUCCUCAAACUCAUCGCCUUUAAACCCAGAGGUUAUGUCGGGGACGCCUGGAAUGUCUUCGACGCUCUGGUGGUGAUUGGCAGUGUAGUCGACAUCAUACUCAGCCAGAACUAUUUUGCUGAUGCAUGGAACACGUUUGAUGCCUUAAUUGUUGUGGGUAGCGUGGUUGACAUUGCCAUCACUGAGAUCAAUUCAACAGCCAUUCCUGUUGUGAAGGUGAUAGUGGAGCCAGGGAACACAGAGGACAGCGCUCGCAUCUCCAUCACCUUCUUCCGCCUGUUCAGGGUGAUGCGGCUGGUCAAACUGCUAAGCAGAGGGGAGGGAAUCCGGACUUUGCUGUGGACUUUCAUCAAAUCCUUCCAGGCGCUUCCAUAUGUCGCCCUUUUGAUUGCCAUGCUGUUCUUCAUCUAUGCUGUGAUUGGAAUGCAGGUGUUUGGAAAAAUUGCAAUGGUGGACGGGACCCAAAUUAACCGCAACAACAAUUUUCAAACUUUUCCUCAGGCUGUCCUGAUGCUCUUCAGGUGUGCAACUGGAGAGGCAUGGCAGGAGAUCAUGCUGGCUUGUCUGCCAGGCAAGCUGUGCGACUCAGAGUCGGACUAUAAUCCCGGAGAGGAGAGAACCUGUGGCAGCGGCUUUGCAAUCAUCUAUUUCAUCAGCUUCUACAUGCUUUGUGCUUUCUUGAUUAUCAACCUUUUUGUAGCCGUCAUCAUGGACAACUUUGAUUAUCUGACUCGUGAUUGGUCCAUUCUGGGGCCACACCACCUGGAUGAGUUCAAAAGAAUCUGGUCGGAAUAUGAUCCGGAAGCCAAGGGCAGGAUAAAGCAUCUUGAUGUGGUAACUCUGCUGCGGAGAAUUCAGCCUCCUCUGGGCUUUGGGAAGCUCUGCCCUCACAGAGUGGCCUGUAAGCGGCUGGUUGCUAUGAACAUGCCCCUCAACAGUGACGGGACGGUCAUGUUUAAUGCCACCUUGUUCGCUUUGGUCCGCACCGCUCUCAAGAUCAAGACUGAGGGUAACUUGGAUCAAGCAAACGAGGAGCUGCGGGUUGUCAUUAAGAAGAUCUGGAAGAGGACGAGUAUGAAACUCCUGGAUCAAGUGGUGCCUCCCGCUGGUGAUGACGAGGUAACAGUGGGGAAGUUCUAUGCCACCUUCCUGAUACAGGACUACUUUAGAAAGUUCAAGAGGCGCAAAGAGCAAGGGCUCGUGGGAAGACGAUCAUGGGAGAGGCUGAAUACCACUUUGGCUCUGCAGGCCGGCUUGCGCACGCUUCACGACAUUGGACCAGAAAUUCGUCGAGCCAUAUCAUGUGACCUACAGGAGGAGGGGCUAGUAGAUGUGACUGCUGAGGAAGAAGAGGAAAUCUACAGGCGUAAUGGCGGUCUUUUUGGAAACCAUGUUGACUGUGUGAGUGGGGACCAGCAGGGCUCUCACCCCCCCACCACUGUCACACAGCGGCCGCUGCAGAUCCUGCCCUUUUCCUGCAGUGCUUCAAUCGCACCCACCCAGAACAACAGAACCAGCAGCAGUGGCAGAGAAGGAGAUGAAGAGUAUAACCAUCAUCAAACUCCUCUGCCUGACGGUUCCCCUCGCUGUAACUUCACAGUCCAUCGGUCCCCAAUACCCUCCAACGCCAACCUCAAUAAUGCCAAUGUGCCCUCGCUCCUCUCUACAACACCUGGGGGUCAGCAGAAGUGUUUAUUACAGAGAAGUUGCCCGUCCUCCACCCGAAACAGAUCACCCACCACGUACAGCAAAGCGCUGCACAACAAACUGUGGAAGUCUCACUCCACAAGUAGGACACGCUACUAUGAAGCAUGUGUCAGGUCACAAGGAAGUGUCAGAGGGCUUCACCCAACCAUUCGCAGAGAGGAACCCGGGGGUGCCAACAGCGACGAUGAGCGAGGUUCAGGUGAUUACUUCAGCGGUGACGAGUUUCAUGAAGAUGACAUCAUGCUCUCAAAGGACAGACUGAUCUGCAUGGACUAUAGUGAUGAAGCAGAGGGAGAUUAUGAGGUUUUCAGAGAUGCGUGUCAGCCUGAUGGUUUCUAUGACGAUGAUGACAAACAGCUUAUCUGCCAACAUGAAAGACGAUCACCUAGAAGAUGGUUUUUACCCUCUCCUCAAGCCUCCAACACACCAACAUUUAGUUUUGAGUGUCUUCGCAGAAGAAGUAGUAUAGAUGAUGCUCCCUCCUCUCCAUCAUGCACUGCUCUUCCGCUCCACCUGAUGCAGCAACAGGUGAUGGCAGUAGCUGGUAUUGAUGCCAGCAGAAUUUCUCGGCCUUCUCCGACAAGGUCGCUUCGCUCCUGGGCAACGCCUCCAGCCUCCCCCAGCAGUCGUGACUGCUCUCCCUGCUACACGCCACUCAUACAGGUGGACUGGCGAAGCUCUGGGAGUGUGGGAAGCAUCCCUGGAUUAGUAAAGAGGAGCUCCUGGUACACAGACCGCCAGGAUGGCGCUCACAGCUGCUGCCAUUCUCCAUCGCGUCUGCAGCUUCCUGCAGAAAACUGUGCAAAUGUUCUGCAGAACAGAGGCAGUGCUAACAGUCUGGUUGAAGCUGUGCUGAUCUCCGAGGGUUUAGGUAAAUAUGCCAGGGACCCCAGAUUUGUGUCUGCGACCAAACAUGAGAUUGCAGACGCCUGUGAGAUGACCAUCGAUGAAAUGGAGAGUGCAGCCAGUAACCUGCUGAAUGGAAGUAUGGCAAACGGCAGCAGUGAAGGAGCAGGGGACGCUGGCUCAGACUCCGUCACACAGCUGAGGGACCACAGUGUGCGCGACUACAGCGACGAGGAGCCGUACGUGGCCGUCAGAUGUGAGGAGGACUUAACAGAUGAAAUGAUAUGCAUCACUUCACUAUAGCAGCGGCCCACAAACUUUCUUUUUCAAGACUCAUUUUUUAUUUAACAGCAAAGCGACCUCCAUUCAGGAGCAAAAUACACAAAAAUGGAAGGCAGAUGAGAACAAAAGUGCCUUGUUUUUUUCGUCCUGUUGGUGGAAGACCAACAAUGGUCAUAUGUUUGUGGAGAUCUGAAACUACAAUUUAUGAAUUUACCCGUCAGCUGGUUACUUGUUGCACAAAAAUUCAAGCCACUUUAGUAAAAUUGUUUGAAAUUUGUAUCUUUAUGAUUCAGCGAGGAGCUUUUUUUUUUGUUUCUUUCAAAGUUGGCUGAGGAUCAAACUGAGCUCUAAUGUGUUUCCCACUGCAGCUUCGGGUCAGUCCCGCUAUGAUAGUGGGCCUGUGUUUGUUCUGCUGCAGUACCAGUCAUGGACUGUUGAUACACUUUUAAAAGCCAACCUAAACGUGCCCACCACUCCAUUAUGUGAACCCGAGAAAACACAAAUGAAGUAAUUUUGUUCAAAAGUUGUUUUUCCCCCUAAGACUUUUUAAAACCUUAACAUCUCCAUGGUUUUUAGGCAGCUCCUGGCUUCAGUGCCGAGUGCUAAAGGUUGAGUCAGCGCUGCAGUUUUGAAGCUAGAGACAGAUGACAGACCCCCCCAACCCACCUCAGUGCAGUCUGCCACUGCAUGUUGCCAGCAUCUGGAGGAAAACACUCUGUGAUCACCACAUCCAGCUCUCCAGCUGCCGGUUACAACAGCCACUGUCUGCUCGGCCAAAAUGAUGUGUGUGUGAAAUCAGGUCACAUGUACUUCAGUCUUUUCCAGUGUUGCAACUCUAGUUGAGCUGGAAAUGUUUUGUUAGGAACAAAAAACAAAUAAAAAGGAUUUCAUUUAUUUAAAGCAACCAACAAUAAACAAAACCCUAAUCUAUCAAGUUUUGGAUUUCUUUUUUAUGGGCACUUCAGUUUUCUCAGUCAAAAAUAACAAAGAAAUUGUGAUGUUAGACACUAAAGCCAAAACAGAGAAAGAUGGUCACACCCCGAAUUCCUGAAAAGCACAAGUGAAGUUGGGACUUUUUUGGCUUGUGCGCUAUUUGUUUUAAAAUGUCUAUUCUUAAGAAUAAAUAAAGAUUUUUCUAAUUUAACUAAAUCUUUAAGUCCCACUCCCAUCAACUUUUGAUCUACUGUUAAAGCGUUCCCAGUGGUCUUUUAAUUAUGACUAUGCCGAUUUUGAGCCAGAUGCCAGCUCAGAUGAAAAAUAUUAAGCCGCACAUGGAUUUCUUUGUAUGUUGUAAGUUCUUUGUCAGACCUACAAGCUUUUUCCUACUGCAUUUUUUGUCUGCUCCUGAUUCACAACGAUUCGAAUAAAGAAAUACUCAAAAAUUCUAUUUUAAUCUUACAUUAUUUUAAAUGUCCUCCAUUAUGAGAAAAAUGCCACACAAACAUGUUAAAAACACGAUUUUCAUUGGAGUGGGUCUUAAAUCUCACCAAAAGCUGCCGGGUCUUUGCUACAGUUUUUUACCUGUGAGAUACAAGUCACCAAAGAAAAUGUAGUAUUUUUGAUAAAUGAAAGUCAAUUUGAAGCCCUGCAGUGAAUUCAGAACCAUGCACAUGGAAAUCAUUGCAUUACUCUGAUUCUAACUUGAAAAUUAGAUGACAUAUCGGUUUAAAUAGACUUAGUCCUAAGGCAUAUUCUCCUGUCUCUGCUCAUUGACACAAUCCAACUUUGUCUCCCUUUUCUCAUGUAAUUUCCUUUCGUUCUAGUGUAAUUGGUACUUUUAGAUGAACACAAUCAAUUGUCUUUGUAAACCAGAAUAUGCAAUGCAUGCUUUCCCUUUUGAAGUCAAGAAAAUCCCUUCAUACUGAGAAAUAUAAUGUUCGAUAAUUAUUUUUAAGACUUAAUAUGUUUAUGCAUUUGUAAACACUUUACUGCCAUUGUUCAAUAGCAUUUCAAAUUUUUAAUUUCUGCCAUGGCAGAAACCACAGGUUUCUUUUUUUAUUGGUGAAGCAAAUGUUUUUUUUUUACAGGAAAAAAGCAUUUGUUUGCUUUAACAGUCCAAAGUGUGGUAUCAAUGCCUCCUCAUUUCCAGUCAUUUUUUACUUUCAUUGGAAUUCAGGGGCUAAACUGAAGUGAAUGCGUUAUUUUCUUAUAUUUCCAUGAACAAAAAUGUUUUAAUGACUCAUGUAUAUCCAAACAGAUCAUUUUAUGAGUAAUUUAAAACAGCUCAACAUAAAGUGACUUAUCUAAUAUUUCUCCAAACAAUAACUGAGUGAAUGUGUUUGGGGAAAGACAUCAUCGUUCCAAGCUGCUGACUUUCGUUUAUAGGCGUUUCUUUUUGCUUUGGAACCGGUUUCUGUGCAGAGGAAAAACAAGAUCAUCUGUGAGUCAGAUGGCCACUCAACUACAAAUUUGUUUCUACUGGUACUUAAAAAAGAAAAAGCCCACGGAUAUAGAAGUCAACUGUACGUUUUAAAAGCACCACCAUAGUGAAAGAUGAUUAUUUUCUUUUUUAAAUAUAUGAUUGGAUCUUUGUAACAAAAGGGCUUCUUAAAAUCAAAAACCUGUAAAGAUGUUUAAAUAAAAGGAAUUUUAUUCAGCUCAUUCAAGGUAAAAAAACAAAAAAAAAACCUUAUUAAAAGAUUGCAGUUGGAUGUUUGAUGUACAGAAAAUGUACAUUCAUGUCGGGGUCUGCACUCUCUGUAAAUGAGCCCACUCCUUAGGCUGGCCUAAACGCUUCAAAGGGCAAAGAUUGCUGAAAAGAGAGAAUGAUGCAUUUUCAAACAGCAUGUAAUUCAAACUGGUGGCGAAAUGUUUUUACCUCUCCCACUAUCCAGGUCUGAUAGCUUCAGGGAAACAGCGGCAGCAUUUGCACAAAAUAGAAUUUUAAAGAAAUUGGCUCAAGGUUUCUUUUGGGGGGGAGGGGGUUUGCUUCAGUUUAGCUACCUCAAGUGUCGCCUCAAAUUUAUUGAUGCAGUUACAUAGAUCAAUACUAGAAAAUUGAAUUGUAUUUUUUGCAAAGGAAGCCAGUAAUUCCAUUAUAUUGAUUGAUUACAUUUGUAACUCGUUUAGGAAAAAAUCUUGAAGAUUUAAUUUACAAUAAGCCAUAAUUGGAAGAAGCUGUAAGAAGAAAAAAUGCUUUAUUGGGACACAGGGGAGAGGGACUCGAGCUGAGAGUCUAUACAGGAAUAAAAUAAAAUUUUUUCCUAACCAGCUUUUUUAUUCUGAAAUAAUUUGGCAUGAGAGUUUCUUCGUCAAACUCAUUUUUUAAUGAAUGGCAAAUGGAGCAGGACGCAGAUCCUCAGUGAAAGCCACCUGAACUCAGACAUCUGUCUGUAGUACAUCAGCACGAAAUGUUUUAUCAGGAAAUGAAGUAAACACAAAGCUAUGUUGUGCAGCACAGCUUUAUUUUUUCUACUUUCCACUGCUCUACAAACUUGUGUAAAAAAAACUAACUGUAAUAUUUGAAAAAAAAAAAGACUUUUAACUUGAAGAUUUCUUCUUUCUGCCUAUUUACUGUUUAAAAAAUAAAGCUCUAUCUACUUUGUAGCAUAAGAACUUAUACCUGAUAGAUUUUGUACCAAUAAAAACAAAAACUCUGUUUUGUACAUUUGAAUUUUUGCUGAAAUGACAUAGAACCUGCUGCGUUUUUGUAAUGAUCACUGCAUAAAAACAUACAAGGACAAAGUCACAAUGAUUUGUUGACAUUCAGUACAAAGAAAAAAAACAACAAUAAAAAAAA